AUGGCUGUCCUUUGCCCUAACCAUGUGCAGGAGGGGCUGGAGGGCUACAAGAAGUAUGAAGAAGGGGUCACUUUGGGGACCACAGCAGAGAAUGAGCUUGUCAGAAUCAAGCAAAAGGGUAACGGUGCCUAUGUGCUCGAGGGAGACCUGGAGGCCAAUGUCCAUGGGCUGGUGGAGGAGAUGGGCUUCCUGAACGCCAUGUGUGAGGAGGACAGGUGGGUCAUCCACGCCCACAUCUCAGACACCUUAGUCACCAUCAAGGUGGAUAUCAGCCAGGACCUGAACAUGGGCUGCACUGUGACUGAGAUCUGGGCUAACUAUGAUGACAUUGCCAGAUGCAGUCAGGCUGAAGCCAAAAGCUGGUACCUCAGCAAGUGUGAGGAGAUGAAGGCUACGGUGACACGAAUCCAGCACGGGGAGACCCUGCGCUGCACCAAGGAGGAGAUCAAUGAGCUCAACCGCAUGAUCCAGAGGCUGACCGCUGAGGUUGAGAGUGCCAAGUGCCAGAACUCCAAGCUGGAGGCCGCAGUGACCCAGGCUGAGCAGCAGGGCGAGGCGGCUCUGAGCGAUGCCCGCUGCAAGCUGGCUGAGCUGGAGGCCGCCCUGCAGAAGGCCAAGCAGGACGUGGCUUGCCUGGUCAAGGAGUACCAGGAGGUGAUGAACUCCAAGCUGGGCCUGGACAUCGAGAUCGCCACCUACAGGCGGCUGCUGGAGGGCGAGGAGCACAGGCCGAGGAAGGAUAUUGGGAGGAGAGGUACAUGGAUAUAUUCUGUUGGAGGAAUCUGGGCCGCUUGA